AACGUUUCGAUUGUGAUACACCAGUGAUUUACAAAAUUAUAGAAUAAAAACCUUCGCAUUAGGAAGUGUGUGACGGCUCAAGCAAGUGUUAUAUGUGCUAAUCAAUCAGUUGAGAUCCGACACCCGUUAGUUUGAUACAACUGCUCGUUGUGAGAAAAUUCAUACUGCACCUGGCUGAUUAACGAUUGAUAGAGCAAAAUGAUCUCGAAAGGUUUAGUGACGGUUCUAGCGGUGGCAGUGCUGGCCCAAGUUGCAUGUGGUUUACCGGCUCCGCAAUGGCUGACAUUCAAAGACGGCAAAUUCGGCGUUAAUUUCGGAGGAUACCACGCUGAGGCCGGACUGGGUGGAAUACUGACUGGCAACACGGCUCACGGAGGCCUCUCGGCAUCGGCUGGAACUCCACAUGGUCAACAAGCUGGCGCAGGGCUGGGUGGUCUCCUAGGCGGAAAUGAUCGCACAGCAGGUGGAGGCUAUGCCGGAGCAACAGCAGGAAACGGCGUUGGAGCAAGUGCAGCCUUUGGAGGUGGUUUGGAGAAUGCAGGAGGUGCCGGUGGUCUCGGCGCUGAGGCGCACGCACCCGGAGUAAGCAAGAAAGUUGUGAAAAUUGGACAGACCAAUGGAGCUGCACCACACAGCGAGAUUGUGCUUGAGCAUGAGGUUCCGCCAGCACCCCAGGCUAUUCGCACCCGUUUCAACGAUGAAUUCGAUUCCAAAUUGAAGACAAAGACAGUGCUGAAGGAAGUUCAUACCGAUCUGCAAGCUCCACCAGUCCAUCAACCAUCAUCCUACAAUACCCAUACCAAAACCGUUUACAAAAAGAAGUUCAUCUCACACCCGCAUAAGGUAGCAAUAGUUGAAAGUUCCCAUGAUCAUGGCGCGCAGGGUGGCACCGUUUCGAACAGCGUAGAUCUAAACCGAUUUUUCGAUUUCCAAGCUUUUUCAAACAUUGCUGCUAGUUACUCGCACCCUGCUCCUCCAGCGCCAAAACAUCACCAAGAUUCCGAAAUUCGCAAAGAGGCUCACCUUAGUACCAGAUUUGACUCAAAUGGCCAUUCUGGAGGAUCUACUUACACCGCUGUGGGAGCUACUCAGAACACCAACUUCUGGAAUGAUAUUUUCAAUAUUCCCAUUUCAACGUUGACUGCCGUAAACCAGUUUUUGAACAACAAGUCUGGUAGCGGAACCAUCCACGUUAAUAAGCACACCGAGGUGCAUUGACUUCGAUGAGCAAUCAUUAUUGUAAGUGCUUCAUGGCGAAGUUUAUUUUGAUCAAAUUCAACAAGGAAAAAGCAUUUGCAAGCUUACCUAUAAGAUACUCGAAAAAUAUAUUGACCAUAUUUCGUAAUUUCUUGAUUGUUCUCUAU